UGUGGGGACUGAUGGGGGUCAACCCCCCUUGUGGGGGUGAAUGACGACAGGUUUGGGGAGCGUUUCCCCUGCAUGUCUGACGCGUACGACAAGGAUCUCCGCAAGUUGGUGCUGGAUGUUUUCCGUGAGCUGGGCGAGUGUUCGCGGCUACAUGAGGGCGUUUACUGCGCGCUGGGCGGUCCCAACUUCGAGACCAUCGCUGAAUGUCGCAUGCUGCAGUUACUGGGGGCCGAUGCUGUCGGGAUGAGCACCACCCACGAGGUGAUUGCGGCACGACAUUGCCACCUCAGGGUGCUGGGCCUGUCGCUGGUCACCAACAAGGUGGUGAUGGAUUACGAGAGCAAGGAGCGCGCCAACCACCAGGAGGUGCUAGAGGCCGGGAAACAGAGCGCUCGGCUGAUGGAGUCUGUGGUCGGAUCCCUCGUCUGCAAAAUGCACUGAGCCCCCGGCACGGACCCCUCAACCCCCUGGACCAGGACCCCCCCCUCCCCCUCAUUCUCCUCUCCCCCUGGGCCC